GUAUAGUCGACAUUUCCGGUUUGAACAUUAGCUAAACUAGCUAGUACAACAUAGCAUUGUAGUCGAACGGUUAUUUGUUCUCAUUGUUUUUCGGUUUUGGCAGUUUUUCACGAUGAAUACGGUUUUAUCAAGGGCCAACUCUUUGUUUGCCUUUUCUCUGAGUGUCAUGGCGGCGUUAACUUUCGGCUGUUUCAUCACUACGGCUUUUAAAGACAGAAGAGUUCCUGUGGACAUCCACGUCUCUAAAGUCAUGCUGAAGAAUGUGGAUGACUUCACAGGACCCAGAGAGCGCAGUGAUCUGGGUUUCAUCACAUUUGACCUCUCAGCUGAUUUGCAGCCAAUUUUUGACUGGAAUGUCAAACAGCUGUUCCUCUAUCUGUCUGCAGAAUAUGCCACAAAGAGCAAUGCUCUGAACCAGGUGGUCCUGUGGGAUAAGAUUGUCCUACGAGGGGAAAACACCAAACUGAACCUCAGAGACAUGAAAUCUAAAUACUUCUUUUUCGAUGAUGGGAAUGGACUCAGGGCCAAUAAGAACAUCACGUUGAUGCUGUCGUGGAAUGUGGUCCCUAACGCUGGAAUCCUGCCCCUUGUGGCUGGAAGUGGACAAAUCAGCCUGCCUUUCCCUGACACAUACGAGAGCACCAAGAGCUACUAGACCCAACCAGAUGUCCAUGCUUUCAUUACACACUGUACACGCCAGAAAAACAGAAACAAGCACAGACGCCAACAGAUGACUCACACAUUCUGUAUAUUAUUGUUUCUUCAUAGAUGUACAUCAAUUUUUGGUUUAUAAAAAAAAAAAAAUUCGGA